GAAGAUUUAACGUCUCCAAUUAGAGCACCGAACGCAAUGACCGUACCGUUCGUGGAACAACCGCUAAAAGUUAGCAAACCUACCAGUUAUCUUCAGACCUUGGCUCGUAGACGAUUCGCCCGUUCAUGGAACAAAGCCAUCGAUGGCAGUGCAACAAGAUGAUUCUGUCCAGCAGUUGGAGUCUGGCCGUCCUGUUGUGCCAUGGGCCGUUUAUCGUGGAACACCCGUCGUGAUGAGACCCAACUAUCAAGCAGUUCGCCCUUUAAUGUACGCCGAUCGACCUGUUUUUGUAAAAAAUGGCUACUAUGAUGACGUCCAGCAACAACCGUCUGGCGUGUGGCCGUCUGGGCCGCUAAUUGCCACGAUUUUACCGGCUGAUUUUCAGCGACCGUUAAAGCCAAUGAAGCAAUCGAGACCGUGGAUAGUUGAGAGCUACUACAAUCAGCCACAGACAACACGGAAUGAAGAGCAGCCCGUCAGACAAACGAAACCGUGGUUUGUUCCAGUAGUCAGCCAACAGUCUGUAAUUGAGUCCAUUCGCAUAACAUCUGAGAAUGUACCAACUCGUUACCAGCUCAUUAAGCCGCUGAUUGGUCUCCCCGAAGAGGUACACUACCGUCGGCCAAUCAAACAACAAAGACCGUGGACAUCAGCAGUGCCUAGCAUUCAGUCCUCGAUUGCAGGUACUGGACAAGCAGAAGCUCGCGUCCCGUUCCUGGCCAACUGGGCGAACGGUACCCCGGGAAAGACGCACAUCGUCGGUAACAACACGCUAGUCUACACGAAACAGAAUUUGCUGCAAACUGGAACGUCCACCGUUUACACGUCGACCGUGUUCACCGCCACGACGACCAUCGUCAACGCCUAUUGUUUCUCAUCCGUCGUUGACAUUCUCGUACCUCCAGCACCUUGGUGCUCCUUCCGCAGGAAGCGAUCCGCCAUUGAAGAAGAGGAACAGUCAGCCAUUUUAUCAGUGGACGGUGAAACUAUUAAACCAUCACAGGUUCAAAAGAUCUUGAUGACAGUUAUGCCAUCAUUGUCGGAUUGCAAUAAAGAGGCUACUAUUCCGCUUGCUAGUUCCAUGGUGGUACCUUCCAUAGCGGACAACGCACGAUCAAAUGGAGGUGAGAACAAGGUGGAAGGUCGUUUCCUUAAUGUAGUCACGACAGGAAGACCGACCACCACCGUGACCGUGACGGGUCUAACGGUCGUGACUGAGAUCGCCAUCACCGGCACAACCGCCGUCCAGUUCUUGGGUGGGACGUGCGUUCCCCGUUGUCUGCAAAAUCUGCCAACCUGCGCCGUUUGAAACAUCUGACAUUUUCAGACCAAAUGUAAACUGAAAUUGACACGUUGAGUAACAUUGGUCAUUGAUUAAACAAUUUUGAAGUAUGCAAAUGAAAAGUUCCAAAUACAUAUGAAGACAAACGAGA